AUGGACGACACUGUGCUCAAUACCAUGUGGGAAAUCCGUUGGAGCAACAGUCAGAGCCUGCCCUACUUUUAUGACAUCAACACGAAUGCGUCGAUGUGGGAAAUCCCGCCAGGCCUGACGCAGCAGCAGGCUCUUCAGCUACCCGGCUCGGAAAUCCUGGAAGACUACUACCGUAACAAGCAGCAAAUGAUCCGUGCUCGUCACAUUCUGCUAAAGACCCAGGAAAGCCGCCGCCCUGUGGACAGGAAGGGCAACCCUAUUUCCCGCACUCGGUCAGAGUCUAUUGCACAGCUCGAGUCUGCGUUCAAGAAGCUUAACGAUGGACCGAACACUGACGAAGCGUUUGCCAAGUUCGCAAAGGAGCACUCCGACUGCUCGUCUGCCGAGCAGGGCGGCGAUCUUGGAUUCUUUGGCAAAGGUGAAAUGCAGCCCGAGUUUGAGAAGGCUGCGUUCAGCCUGCCUAUCGGCGGAACCAGCAAUGUUGUCCACACCGAUAGCGGUGAGCAUUUGAUCAAGCGCAUCGCCUAA